AUGUCCUUUCUAGAAGCCUCAAUCCGGCUAGGAGAUAUAGAAAGUCUUAAGAGUGUGCCCGCCACUAUCGGUGCUACAAAGCUACCGGACGGCAUUCCUAGAUUAUUUGACUCCCGCUAUCUUAAGCUAUUCUUCGCGGGGAAGAAUCAAAGUGCUUUUCGUGAGCUAAGACCACUAGGUAUUCUUUCGCCUUAUAAGCUAAAUAAGCUAAAUCGGAAGAAGGAAGAAGACGAGAAAAAAUGUUGCUAUGGUUAA